AUGUCUACUCAAUACAUAACAGAACCAGCUACAGAAGGGAAGGUGUGUCUGGAAACGUCCCUGGGAGAUGUUGACAUCGAAUUGUGGAGCAAAGAAGCUCCAAAAGCUUGUCGAAAUUUCGUCCAGUUAUGUCUGGAAGGAUACUAUGAUAAAUGCAAGUUUCAUACAGUUAUAAAGGAUUGCAUUGCCCAAACUGGUGACCCAACUAAUACUGGGGAAGGCGGAGAGUCCAUAUACGCUGACGAUUUCAAAGUAAAGUUUGCAUUUCAGAAUUGUAUUUUGGUUUAGGUCGAGACGCAUCAAAGGAUAAAAUUUAACAGAAGAGGUCUUGUUGCAAUGGCAGCCAAUGAAGACGGGUUUCUGGCCUCUCAGUUUUUUAUUACUCUUGGAUCAACACCGGAACUAAACGGAAAACAUACAUUAUUUGGAAAGGUAAGCAAGCACAUUGAAAUUAGUUUUCUGUUUAAGAUUACAAACAACACCAUCUUCAACAUCUUUAAGCUAAAUGACUACGCAGUUGAUUCAGAAAAUCGACCUAUAAGAUCAGAGAGAAUAAACAAGGUUGAGGUUCUGUCCAAUCCAUUUAAAGAUAUAGUCCCCAGAAGUGUCAAAAACAAAGAAAAGAAGUCUAAGAAGCAUAAGAAGGAGAAGGCUGUUAUACAGAACAAGGGAUUAUUAUCAUUUGGUGACGAAUGUAAUGACGAAGAACUGGUUUUAUUUAACAAAGUGAGUAGGAUGUUCCUCUAUAGUACGUCCUUUUAGAAACUGAAAGGGAAGAGCGCUCACGAUGUCCUUAAAGACGAUAAACUCAGCAAAGAUUUGGCUGUGAAGCCCGAAGAAUUAGGAGGGAAUGGAGUAAGUUUAAGCUUCGUUUAUUUAUUUUACGUUUUCAGAAUGAUAAAGGUGGUGACGAUAAUCAAGAAAGUCUCAGCAGAAUACGAGAACGACUGAAGAAGAAGAAACGAAAAAAUGAUGAUUCAGAUGCUGAUAAAGAGGAUGUGGAUUUUGGGGAUGUUCUGGAUGAGGUCCAGAAGGCCGAGAAAACAGCAGAGAAGUUAGAAAAUUUUUGUUUAAUGAUACUCAACUCGUUUUUUAGGGAACAAUUGGAAGCAGAACGGAAGAAACUUCAAAAAGAAUAUGCAAAAAGUUUGAGGGGACCUAAAGUUGCGAAGGCCGAGGAAGAUAAAACAACUGACACGAUAAAGGAUUACAAAAAGAUGAAAUUGAAAUACAAAACAAAGAGUGAUAAUGUGGUCAAAGAUCUUGACAAACAGAGAGAACGUCAGACAAUGAAGCUACUGGAUCGAUUUGUUAGUACUGUAAAGAAGGAAACUUCAACUACAAUUCUGAAUAAUAAGAAGGUGGAUUUAUCUGGAGAAAAGAGCCAGGAGGAAUUACUCAGAGAGGGCGCUGAAACCAGACCCAAGAAGCAUUUCGAAGAACGGAUGGAAGAAGAUAAUGACCUAGAUGCCAGUACUACUGUUAAGAUUGAUGAAAAUGCAACAGACGAGGUUGAACCGGAUUGGAUGGAUCAUGCAUUUGUGGCUCCUGAAGACCGAAGUGGAGUCACCAAAGCUCGGGAUGCUAAUCUGAGGGAAGAAGAUGAGGAUUGGUACGACAUUUCUGACCCUCGGAAUAAAAUGAACCAGAGAAAAAGAGAAGAAAACAAGUAA